UUAUUUCUAAAAUAUAAUUUAAAAAUAUUUUACAUACUUUAUGAUUAAUUCCAUCUUUAAUUUAAUUUAAAAAUGACGGAUAAUAAGUUGAUGGCCUCAGCUCCGUAUCCUCCACCUCCCUAUCCUUAUAAUGAUAAUAAACCAGACCAAUAUACGAAUAUAUACCCGCCCACUAUACCCCCCAUUCAACCUUCAUACCUUCAAGAUAAUCAAGCAGAUCAGUACGUUCCUCACAACGCAUCUAGUUACAAACCUUAUCCAAUUCAGAAUGUCCCGCAACCAAUUAUAUAUAUUCAAGGACCACCGCAACAUGCGGUGAUAGUCGAUGCUAUGGCACAUAGACCGAUAGUCCCUAAAGCUACAGUCAUAACUACUACAAAAAAAAGCGGAGUGAAUCACUGCAUACAUGCCAUAAUCACUAUCUUUUUCUUUCCUUGGAUCAUAGUUUGGAUAAUCCUGUGUUGUUUGGAUAGCAAGAAAAAGAAACAAACAACGGUUAUCAAAAUCUGAAAAUUUCUCAUACUUUGUGCCAUAUGGUGGAGAAAAUCUGGCCUUGUGGCGAAAUGGAAAUUCAAUCAAAUGCACCUGCUGCAGGAAAUUAGUAUAUAAACAAUGAGUGGUGGGAAAAGUAAUUAGAAGAUAGCUAGCUUGACAUUUAUCUGUAGAGCGUGUGCUCAAGGGAUCCAUGAUAAUAAGGGUGGAUUGAAUAUUAGUAAUUUGAUUUUUACUUUGUAAAUCUAUUAAAGUAAUAAUUUAUUAGCUUAUGAAAUACAAAUCGAAAAUAUAUUAUUAACAGGCUACUUAUAUGUAUAUUAAAUAAAUAUUACCAAUGUUGAUUUAUCUGAUUCUGAAGGACAGAAAUAGUGGCGGGUUAAAAAAAAAUUCAAAUGCAAUAAGAGAAAUAGCUAAUUAAAAAAACUAAUUUAUAAAAAUCGAAUUCUUUUCAAAUGUAUACAAAUUUUGAAAUUUAACGAGUGUUCGUCAAAAGGAAAGUGUUUACUUUCAAGGUUCGUCAAAAAUAAGAGGA